CGUAAGAGAUUAUGUAUGCGCUAGACAAAGACAAUGUGUUGCAUCCCAAUCUGUCCAGUUCAGCUUGACCUUUUGCUUUUCUCCCAACUCCCAACCAUUUGUCGCCAACCUCUUUGAGAAUUAUAUCAAAACUAUAAACUAGCCUUGCAAUUAAUUUAUUACAUCUAUAUAUAUAUAUAUGGUCACCAAUUUAGUAUCAGCGGAAUCAUCAUCAAUUUCAAACAAACCUGCAGAAAAAUUUCCGGCUUCGUCACUUAUCAGUAUAACUUCUUCCAGGGAAUAUGGGAAGUCAAAUUCGUCAACUUCAUAUGUUCUUCUUUCCAUUCAUGGCUCCUGGCCACAUGAUACCAACAGUAGACAUGGCAAAGCUGUUUGCAAGUGGAGGAGUGAAGACAACUAUAAUCACCACUCCGCUCAAUGCAUCUUUCUUCUCCAAGACAAUCCAGAGAAGCAAGGAAUCUGGAAUCGAAAUCGGUGUCAGGACUCUAAAGUUUCCUACUGUUGAGGCUGGAUUACCUGAAGGGUGUGAAAACUUAGACUUGAUCCAUACUUCCCAAGAGGGAAAUGGGAAUUUGUUCAGCAAAUUCUUCAAGGCCACAGUCUUGCUUCAAGAACCGCUUGAACAGCUGCUACAAGAAUGCAAACCAGAUUGCUUGGUUGCUGAUACGUUCUUUCCUUGGACCACUGAUGCAGCAAAUAAAUUUGGGAUUCCGAGGCUGGUGUUUCAUGGAACUAGUUUCUUCUCAUUGUGUGCAACGGAGUGCAUAACUAAAAACGAGCCGCACAAGAAAGUUCAGUCUGAUUCCGAGCCUUUUGUGGUGCCUAACCUCCCGGGGGAUAUCAAGUUGACAAGAAAGCAGCUGCCAGAUUUUAUGAAACAAGAUGUUGAAGCUGACUUUAGCAAGAUGAUCAAAGCCGUGAAGGAAUCAGAACUAAAAAGCUACGGCGUAGUUGUCAACAGUUUCUACGAGCUCGAGGAGACGUAUGUUAAUUGCUACAAGAAUGUUUUGGGAAGAAAGGCAUGGCAUAUCGGCCCUGUUUCGCUGUGCAAUAGGGCGACUGAAGAUAAAGCAGAAAGGGGAAAGAAAUCUGCAAUUGAUGAACACGAGUGUUUGAUGUGGCUUGACUCAAAAAAACCCAAUUCAGUUGUUUACAUAUGUUUUGGAAGUGUGGCCAACUUCACCUCUUCUCAAUUAAAGGAAAUUGCCAUGGCGCUUGAAGCAUCAGAGCAGCAGUUUAUUUGGGUUGUGAGGAGACAAAAAAACAAUGAGGAAGAGGAGCAUUGGCUGCCUGAAGGAUUUGAGAAGAGAAUGGAAGGCAAGGGACUUAUAAUAAGAGGAUGGGCACCUCAAGUUUUGAUUCUUGAUCAUGAUGCAGUCGGAGGAUUUGUGACUCAUUGCGGAUGGAAUUCAAUCUUAGAAGGCGUAUCUGCUGGUGUGCCUAUGGUCACCUGGCCACUGUUCGCGGAGCAGUUUUUCAACGAAAAAUUGGUGACUCAAGUCCUGAAGGUUGGCGUGGCCGUAGGUGUUCAACAAUGGGUGAGAAUGGUGGGAGAUUUUGUGCAGAGAGAAGCCAUAGAAAGAGCUGUGAAGGAGAUCAUGAAGGGUGAUAAAGCAGAAGAAACGAGAAACAGAGCCAAGGCACUGGCAGAAGCAGCAAAAAAGGCUGUUGAAAAUGCAGGGUCAUCUCACUCUGAUUUGAAUGAUCUGAUGGAAGAACUGAGUUUGCGUCGUCAUUAAAAUCAACAGCCAGAAAGAACAGUCAUAUUUCAUGUUGUUAAUGUCUUUUGAACGAAAAAUUAAACGUUUGUCAAAUUCAUCAAUGAAGAGUAGAAGAAAAGGAUUAUGUCUGAUGUUUAAUUUAAUUGAGCAAGUAGUAAUUCAUGAAAAACUAGCAGAAUCUUUGCCUCUAAUAUAUUGUUUAACCACUCAAACCAAGAUUACGUUCAAAAGAAUUGAUAAACAUAAGAUUUCAGAGGGUAAAUCCAUGAAUCUAAACCAGUUCUUUCUCAUUUCUGCAUCAAGGAAGUGACAAAUUAUACGCUACUGAUCUUAGUACUUCAAUUGUUUUUCUUCUUUUCCUUGGCAGGGAGUGCUAUACCCAUAUAUAAUUAAAUCCAUUGGAGUAAUAUUAGUUUAACAUAUUUUUUUUUAUACCAAAAUCAAUGGUCUAGGCUUCGUCUACAUGAUAAAUAAAAUUUAAUUUCAAAAUCAAGUGACAGUACUACGAAAAUUCUUUUCAAACCACGUGUUACUGAUUUUUUUUUAAAGUGAACAUGCUACUAGUGUUGACUGGAAAAA